AUGAAGCGUUUGCGUGACGAUGCGUCUGUGAACCCUCAAUUCAAACGGCCAUUUGCUCCGGCGUCUCGCGGUGAAUCACCUGCACCUCCACCUACUAUGGGCAGCAGUGGCGGCGGCGGCAGUGGCACUGGCGGUGUAAGUGGCGGCAGCACGGCGAAUGGUGUCAUUGGUAAUGGAGGUGGUGGUACAAGUGUUGCAGCUGCUGGUACUCAAAAACUUACCACUAAUGAUGCGCUGACGUACUUGAAAGAGGUUAAGGAUAUGUUUCAAGAUCAACGGGAAAAGUAUGAUAAGUUCCUUGAUGUCAUGAAAGAUUUUAAGGCUCAAAGGAUUGAUACCGCUGGUGUCAUAGGUAGAGUGAAAGAGUUGUUUAAAGGGCAUCCUAAUUUAAUUCUUGGAUUCAACACCUUCUUACCUAAGGGGUACGAAAUUACCCUCACCGACGAGGAUGAGGCUCCACCGAAAAGGACGGUUGAGUUUGAAGAGGCUAUUAGUUUUGUCAACAAGAUCAAGAAACGUUUUCAAAAUGAUGAUCACGUGUAUAAAUCAUUCCUGGACAUUCUGAACAUGUACCGGAAGGAACACAAGGGCAUAACAGAGGUGUACCAAGAGGUUGCGACGCUUUUUGAAGACCAUCCAGAUCUUCUUGAUGAGUUCACUCGAUUUUUGCCUGAUACCUCAGCCCAAGCAACAGCUGCUCAUGUUUCCCUUGGCCGCCACUCGUUUCACCGUGGCGAUGAAAGAAGUUCGGCCGUGCCUCCUGUAAAGCAUUCUCAAGUGGAUAAGCAACGGUCACGAAGGGACAGGGUUGCCGGGCCCACUGGAGAACGAGAUUCUAGCUUUGAACGUGCUGAUGCGGAUGACGAUAAAACAGUUAUGAAGUUGCACAAAGAACACAAGAAGCACACGGAAAGAGAAAAUAGAGAUAAUAGGAGAAGCCAUGAACAGGAUGAGAGAGAUCAUGACAAUGAUAACAAUGGAGAUGUCAGCAUGCAUCGUUCGUCUGAGAAAAGGAAAUCUGCUAAGAAAGUUGAGGACUUUGGGGGCAACUCUAGUUUAGCUGCCUAUGACGAUAAAGAGGAAUGGAAGAGUAUGUACCGUCAGGAGUUCAUCUUCUGUGAAAAAGUUAAAGAGAGGCUGUGCAAUGCAGAGGAUUACCAGGCAUUCUUGAAAUGCCUUCACAUUUACAGUAAAGAGAUCAUCACAAGAAAGGAGUUGCAAAGUCUGGUUUUUGAUUUACUGGGAAAAUACCCUGAUCUUAUGGAUGGAUUUAAUGAAUUCUUGGAACGCUGUGAGGGGAUCGAAUCAUUAUGGAGCGAAGGAAAUUCUUCAAAAGCUGCGAAAAUAGAGGAAAAGGAGAAAGAACAAAAGCAUGAAGUGGAAGGAGGUAAAGAGAAGGAAAGAUACAAUUUAAAAUAUUGGGAAAAGUCCAUUCAAGAGCUUGACCUUUCCAAUUGUCAGCGUUGCACUCCCAGUUAUAGGCUACUUCCUAAAGAUUACCCGAUACCUACAGCUAGCCAGAGGUCAGAGCUUGGUGCCCAAGUUCUAAAUGAUCAUUGGGUCUCAGUGACAUCUGGAAGUGAAGAUUACUCUUUUAAACACAUGCGUAGAAACCAGUAUGAAGAAAGCUUGUUUAGAUGUGAAGACGAUAGAUUUGAGCUAGACAUGCUGUUGGAGUCUGUCAGUUCAACUGCCAAGCGGGUAGAGGAACUCUUGAACGGUAUCAAUAAUAAUACAAUUGGUUCAGAUGGUCCAAUAAAAGUUGAUGAGUAUUUCUCAGCUUUGAACUUAAGAUGCAUAGAACGCUUAUAUGGCGACCAUGGACUUGAUGUGGUGGACAUCUUGCGUAAAAAUGCAUCUCUGGCACUGCCUGUUAUCCUAAUCCGCCUUAAGCAGAAGCAAGAGGAAUGGACUAAGUGUCGAUUGGAUUUCAACAAAAUCUGGGCUGAAAUAUAUUACAAAAACCAUUACAAGUCUCUUGACCACCGAAGUUUCUACUUCAAGCAGCAAGAUUCAAAGAACUUGAGUGCAAAAGCCUUAGUGGCAGAGAUCAAAGAAAUCAAGGAUAAAAGGCAGAAAGAGGAUGAAGUCCUCCUUAGCAUCGCUGCUGGAAAUAGGCACACCGUCUUUUCGGACCUCGAAUUCGAAUAUCCAGAUGCAGAAAUUCAUGAAGGUAUCUACAAAAUAAUUGAAUAUUCUUGUGAGGAGAUAUGCUCGACUAAAGAGCAACUGAACAAAGUGUUGAGGUUGUGGACGGGUUUUCUUGAGCCGAUGCUCGGUGUUCACUCCCGGCCACACGGUCCUCAAUCUAUUGAUGAUAAUGAUGCUUCUAAGCGUCGAAUGAUUAAAAAUAUGGCAAUGGAAAGUGAAGAUAGUCCCAGUGCAAAGCCUAACAGCAAUGAUGAUUGUGGUAAAUCACCGCAACGGUCAAGUUUGGGGAGGAUCGGGGUUAAAAAUGUGGACACUUUAGCUAAAGAAUGGCGUAAUGUGACUUCUGAUACAGUUGGUACUUCAGGGUCAGAUGCUAAUCAUGGUAAGUAUUUUGGAAGAACAAAUGAGAAGGAAGAGGGCGAGCUAUCCCCCAACAUCGAUUUUGAGGACAGCGGGACAGCUCAGCGCCUCAACAAUUGCCCUGACGCAGACGAUGGUGGCAGCGAUAACGCAUCUGAGGACGCUUCAGGUAGCGAGUCGGGGGCCGACGAGUGUUCGAGAGACGAGGAUGAGGAAGAAGGGGAGCACGACGAGGACAAGGCUGAGAGUGAGGGCGAGGCUGAGAACACGAGCGAGGCCGCCCACUGUGUGGGUCUCGAUGGUUGCCCGGCUGGGCCGCAGUCCGAGCGUUUUCUGAUGAACUGUAGGCCUCUGUCAAAGAACGUGGCUUUGAAGUUUGGAGGUGGUGGCAAGAAAAGGGAGGGACGGGUUUUUUAUGGGAAUGAUGCAUUCUACGUUGUUUUUAGGCUGCAUCAGGCAUUGUAUGAGAGAAUAUUGUCAGCUAAGGUGAAUUUGGCAUCCAGUGAAUCCAAAUGGAGAACAACAAAGGAUGAGAGUUUUGAUCCUUAUGCCAGGUUCAUGAGUGCACUAUUUAGUUUACUCGAUGGAUCUUCUGACAAUUCAAAAUUUGAAGAUGAUUGUCGAUCACUCAUUGGGAACCAGUCUUACGUUCUAUUUACGUUAGAUAAGUUGAUUUAUAAGCUCGUCAAACAGCUCCAAACUGUUUCAAGUGACGAAAUGGACUGUAGGCUUCUUCAAUUGUAUGAAUAUGAAUAUUCUAGGAAGCCGGAAAAGCGUGUGGACUCCGUUUAUUAUGAAAAUGUCCAUGUCCUUCUGCACGAUGAGAACAUAUACCGACUGGAAUGUACUUCUUCACCCACCCGCUUAACGAUGCAAUUAAUCAGUGAUGGAAAUGACAAGUCUGAAACUGUUACAGUCUCCAUAGAUCCUAACUUUGCGUCCUAUCUCCAUAAUGACUAUCUAUCAGUCGAUCAUAGGAAAAAGGAGUCGUCUAAAAUAAUGUUGAAGAGGAAUUUGCGGAAGUAUGCUAAUGUUGAUGAAUCUAAUGCCCUGUAUAUGGCUACAGAAAAUGCUCUUAUAAUGAAUGGGUUGGAAUGCAAGAUGUCGGCCUCCACACUGAAGAUCUCAUAUGUCCUAGACACAGAAGACUACUUCAUUCGUUUGGGAAGGAGAAGGGAAAAUAGGCCAGCUGGAAAGUUAUCGAGCAAUGGUCAGCGAAAAGUGCGAAAGUUUCACCAGUUCUUGGCAGCGGCUCUUUGA